GAGUCGGCGAUCGAGAUGGACACGUAUUCUGAUCACCUCGCCCAAACUUCGCCUUUUACGGCAACACAUUUGAUUCCUAUAAAGGAGUGGACAUGUUGCUGUCCAACGUUCAGUCAGACCCUGCUUCAGAACAUACCUCUGGUUACAACCUCACUGAACAAUAAUGACUACGUUACCUCUUGCGACUGCUGCAUUCGCCCUGUAUCCAGAAACGAGCGUGUUUGACUUCGAUAUACAGCCGCUCAACCUCACGCCACCAUUUUAUGUGACGUUGGAAGCACAAAAUGAUACUCCCGGCUUCCGCGCGGCAGCACUAGCCCAAGCUCUACAGCAUGACAUGAAUCCUUUGCAUGGUUGCUACGGGACGAAUCCCUUCUCUAUGCAUCCAAGGACCAAGGAAACAGAUGCUCCUUUGCCUGCCUGCAGUCCUGCGCCACCAUUGCCGCAGCUCCCCUUCGACGACAACUUCACGCUGAUCGAACACAUUAAUCCAACGGGAAAUGUCAUGAUGCUUGUUAUCAAGUAUGAAGGCGAGUUGCGCCUCCUCAAGGUGUUUCAACAAUUUGACAGAUACACCGUGGGAAAACGAAAGCUUCUCCGUUUCGAUACUGAGAAAGCGGCUUAUGAACAGUUACUCCAUCGUGGUGUCUGCGACAUAGGCAUCGUUCCUCGUUGCUAUGGGUGGGUGGAGCUUAAAAGCGAGCAUAUGCCGAUGAUUGAGAAACAGCUGCAUACCGACUGGGACUGGGAUAGAAAUGGACUUCCUAAAGGGCUACUCUUGGAGUAUUUUGCUGAUGCUGUGCCCGUGUCAAUCUCGAACGUCACCAUAUUCCUUGCAGAGAAGGCAAUGAUGGCUUUGUGUCAGAUUCACGCUGCCUUUAUUAAGCAUAACGACAUUGCUCGUCGCAAUUGCCUCCUGUUGCCGGAUGGGCGUGUUAUAUGGGUCGACUUCGACACUUGUCUGUUCCCCGAUCUUGGCGUUCGACGUGUGGACUUCUGGGAAGAACUGCGUAUUGCCUGGCAGUUCUUCUAUACUUGCUUGUUGCCCAACCAGCGCAUCGGAUACCAUGAUCCGUUAGUUCCGUAGGCGAUUCAGCUGAGACCUAGACGUUUACGUAGCUUUAUGUAUUUUAAACUUCGACAUGUAGUGCGCCAGUGAUGAAGAUGAGGAUCUCUAGGGGGAAAUAUACAAUCUCUCUAAGUUGUUCUCGACCAGGUUGCAAAUACUGUACGAGUGCGCUCAUCUGCAUAAAUAACUUCGUGAAAG